AUGGUUGGAUUCAGUAGCCAGACUUGCAUGAUGGCCACUAUGCUGGGUCGACAUGUCAAAACGGGGCAGCUUGCAGCCAUCAAAGUUAUGGAUGUCACAGAGGAUGAAGAGGAGGAGAUCAAACAAGAAAUUAACAUGCUUAAGAAGUACUCGCAUCAUAGAAAUAUUGCAACGUACUAUGGCGCCUUCAUCAAGAAGAGUCCUCCAGGCCACGAUGACCAACUUUGGCUGGUUAUGGAAUUCUGUGGAGCUGGAUCAGUUACAGACUUGGUCAAGAACACAAAAGGAAAUGCACUGAAAGAAGAGUGGAUCGCCUACAUCUGUAGGGAGAUACUGAGGGGCUUAACACAUCUUCAUGCACAUAAGGUUAUUCACAGAGACAUCAAGGGACAGAAUGUGUUACUGACAGAAAAUGCUGAAGUAAAACUUGGUAAGCAACAACGCCGAGAAAGAGAACUACGCAAACAGCAAGAGAAAGAGCAUCAGAGGCAGCUAGAUGAGAUGCAGCAGCUACGCAGAGAAGAGGAGAGGAAACAGGCUGAGCGAGAACAGGAAUACAAACGGAAACAGCUGGAGGAGCAGCGGCAGUCUGAGUGGCUACAGAGGCAACUGCAGCAAGAGCAUGCAUUCCUCAUGUCACUGCAGCAACAGCAACAGCAGCAAAAGCAGCAACAACCCCAGGAAAAGAAACAGUUGUACUAUUACAAUAAAAAUGUGAAUCCAGCUGACAAGCCAGCCUGGGCAAAGGAGGUUGAAGAACGCUCCAAAAUGAACAGGCAGAACUCUCCUGGUGCAAAGCCUAAGAUGGGGACAACGAUAUCUGAUCCAUCACUGCAGUCACUCACUGAAUCUGUACCCAGCAGUGCUGCCCAGACCUCUCAGACGCCACCCAUGCACCGACCUGUGGAGCCGCAGGGAGCCCAGUCAAAGUUUCAAGUGGCGCACCUUGUUGCGCUGAAGCCGUCGUCAGCACCGGUACCGCGGUCUCAGUCACUCCAAGACCAACCGACCAAGAAUGUCGCUGCCUUCCCGACCCAGGAGCCUGCACCAGUGAAGCGUGGUGAGAUGCUGCGUCAGAACUCUGACCCGACCUCGGAGACACCUGUACUCCCACCUCGUGCCAGCAACAGAGACGAUUCCGGACCAUGGGUGAAGAUGGAAGAUGAGGCACCUCCCAAGGUUCCUCAGAGAACGACCUCCAUAGCUACAGCACUGAACAGCAGUAGUGCUCUGAUAAAUCGACCGGGGCAGGCACCACGUGCAAGCAAUCCAGAUCUACGCAGAAUUGAGCCAGGAUGGGAAAGGGCAGAAAGUCUCCCACUGAUUGGCCCCCAUCGGGUACUUGGGACUGGUUCCAUGGAGCGCAACAGAAUUACAACUUCCUCCAAGCCUGAAGGAUCGCCAGUCCUCUCGCAGGAUACAAACCGGGGAAAGCCAGAGGAGAUACGCACUACCUCACGACCUGGAAGACCUGCAGACAUGCUGAACCUGGGGAAAGACAUCCGGUCAGACGAGCUGCCCAAACCACCGGUUAAAGUGAUGGACUACUCGUCCUCCAGUGAGGACUCUGGCAGCAGUGAUGAUGAUGAGGAGGAAGCUGACAGUGAACGUCAAGAUGAGAAUCUGUCCAGCUCUGAUGGCUCCAGAUCAGGACCAAGCCGUAACAAAGAUGGUGACACAGACAGCGUAAGCACAAUGGUGGUGCAUGAUGAAGAGGAGUCUUCAGCAGCUGAAACAUCCAGCAACACCUAUGGAGAUGGAACAAUGAUUGUUCAGAGGACGCCUGAGGAGGAACGAGGAGUCCAUCAUCCAGACAGCAACGGUUUCACAAGUCAUGUUAACCUGCCUGAUUUAGUGCGGCAGAGCCAUUCCCCAACUGAUCCCAAGGGACCUACCUCUCAGCAGGACGAUGGGAUAUCAGAGUUUCAGUCAAGGGGCCUCGUAAAAUCGCCUGGGAAGUCAUCAUUUACCACCUUUGUUGAUCUUGGAAUGUACCAGAUGGAUGCUGGUGGGGAUACGAUACAAAUUGGUGGUUUAAGUAUCAGUGAUGGAGGUGGAUUAAACCAACUGAAGUAUGAGGACAGGAAGUGCUCGGUGGUGAAUGUCAAUCCGGCCAACACACGACCGCACAGUGAUACACCCGAAAUACGCAAAUACAAGAAACGUUUUAAUUCUGAAAUACUUUGUGCUGCUUUGUGGGGUGUGAAUCUGCUGGUGGGCACAGAGAAUGGGCUGAUGCUGCUUGAUCGUAGUGGGCAGGGCAAAGUCUACAGCCUCAUCAGUCGCCGACGCUUCCAGCAGAUGGACGUUUUGGAAGGACUGAACCUCCUCAUCACUAUAUCGGGUAAACGGAACAAACUGCGUGUGUAUUACUUGUCCUGGCUGCGAAAUAAGAUUUUACAUAAUGAUCCAGAGGUGGAGAAGAAGCAGGGCUGGACCACGGUGGGAGAUAUGGAGGGCUGCGUGCACUACAAAGUGGUGAAGUACGAGAGGAUCAAGUUCCUGGUUAUUGCUCUGAAGAACUCGGUUGAGGUCUAUGCCUGGGCUCCGAAGCCUUACCACAAGUUCAUGGCUUUCAAGUCGUUUUCAGAUCUGCCUCACAAACCAACACUGGUUGACUUGACUGUAGAAGAAGGUCAGAGGUUGAAGGUUAUAUAUGGAUCCAUUACAGGUUUUCAUGCAGUUGACGUGGAUUCUGGAAACACCUAUGAUAUUUAUAUCCCAGUGCAUAUUCAGACCCACGUCGUGCCUCAUGCCAUUGUCAUUCUACCCAACACAGCGGGAAUGGAAAUGCUUUUGUGCUAUGAAGAUGAGGGAGUUUAUGUGAACACUUAUGGCCGGAUCACCAAGGAUGUGGUGUUGCAAUGGGGUGAGAUGCCGACCUCUGUUGCAUACAUCUGCUCGAACCAGAUCAUGGGUUGGGGUGAGAAGGCAAUUGAAAUUCGCUCUGUCGAAACGGGUCACCUCGAUGGCGUUUUCAUGCAUAAAAGAGCUCAGCGGCUAAAGUUCCUCUGUGAGCGAAAUGAUAAGGUGUUUUUCGCUUCUGUCCGUUCAGGUGGAAGCAGUCAAGUUUACUUCAUGACGUUAAAUCGGAACACAAUCAUGAACUGGUAAAAGGGACAACAUGUUGGACUACUGAAGUGUUGGAUACUGUAAAUAAGGAGAACGACGCGUUUUGUAGAUCAGAGCUUUAAAACAAGAGUUGAAAGGCCUCGGGAAGGUUUCUGUGGAACUUGCGGUGGAUUCUCGUGCCUCAAAAGAUGUUGUUGAAGCUGUUCCUUCACAAUUGUUGUUUUCCUUCCCCAGGCUGGAGAAUGAACUCGACAGCUUGGCUGCAGUCACCCAGCAUGCUUUUCCCUUUGGACACUGAGGCUGCUACUUGUUGGUGGCAUGUCACAUGGAUGGAGUGUGCACAUGGUUGAGGUCAUUGGGGAGGGUUGGAGGGUUGGGGGGUUGGCAGGAAAUGGGGUGAAGGAUAAUGAUUGGAAAUAAGCCACUGUUCUAGACAGGAGAGUUGGAAGCACCCAAUACCAGUGUGACCCAAUCUGUGCCACCUCAGGCCUGUUGCCAACAGAUACUAGUUGGGAAAGCCUGGUUUGAGCCCAGACUGGCAGUCCGGAUGAUUUCGGGGUAUUUUAUUUUGCUUAUUUUAGAGUAGAACUAAAAUAGUUUUGCAAAUUCCUUUCAUGCAUCCAAACAUUUGCGCAAAGAAAUCAUGUCUAGUUGCAUCUAACUAGGAAGCUGAAAGGUGUGGGCCAAUCCGUUGUUGAUUUAAGGGACCAUUCAAGUUGACAGAAGGAUCGUACACGCCUCAGGUAAGGUGGUGAGGGGUGAAUCAGAAGAGACACACCAGCAUCACAGUACCAUUUUUGUUAAAAUGUCAUCUCAAAAUAUCUCUUUGAGGUGUGUUUGUUUGGCGAUUAUAGGGCUGUACGUACAGUCUGGGCAAACCCCAGAGUCUAGAUCACCCCAGAUGCUUCAAAAUGUCUGGUAAAGUCUUGCCUACCCACAUAAAGUUCGGCAGAUUGUUUGCUUGUCUAUCUGACAAGUCAAAUCUGUGAUUUCUGUCUCUCUCUUGCCCCCUGCGCCCUCACUCUCUCUCGCCCCCUGCUUGCUCCCUCUCUCCCCUGCUGUCUCUUUCUUGCCCCAUAUUCACGUACUGUGUCUCUGUCGCCCCCUGCUCACAUGUUCUCUCUCUCUCGCCCCCUGCUCGCAUGCUCUCGCUCUCUCUCUCUCUCUCUCGUGCUCUCCCUCGCUCUCUCUCUCACACACACCCCCUGCUCAUGUGCUCUCUCUCUCGCCCCGCCUGCCUCUCUGUCUCUCCCCUUCUCGGCUGAUUUUGAUACUGGUUAGUACAGAUGAGGAUGGCAGCAUGUGAAAGGCAUAAAAUGGCUGUGACAGACCACAUGGUUCCUCGCUGUUUCUCAUCAUUUAAACCUUACGCUCAAUCUUGUGAUUUCCCAAUCACCCUCCCACUUUCAGGGACCACGUUCCCUUCUCAAGAGUGAUCCCCUCCAGCUUCCCAACUGAGACGCAUGAAUGAUUUCCCCUAAGUAGGUCGGGGGGAGGUACAGAAGCGUGACAAGAAAUGAGGAGUGGGCCAGUGAUUCCCAAAGAUGGGAACAGCGUGUCCGGAAUUAGCCUUUCAAGUGGUCUGCUGUUGCCAUGGAGACUCCGGGAUAUUUGCCUUUGCGUCUUGCUGGCUGCCUUCUGUAGAGCAGGACGUGCUGGUUUAAAAUUAAGCAUCAGAACUUCCCCUGCAGGUGCUUAUUAAAGUGACGACUGAUCUCUGUCUGCCACACUGUCUGCAGAAUUCCCCAUGUGCUGUCCAACCCAAUGUGGCUCACUGUGUCAAGUAGGAAGUCAUUCAGACUGAAGCCUGCUCCCUCAUUCCUGCUCCUCUGUACCGCAGCUUCCCUUUGCUGUGUCCUUCCCCGACACACUUGUCCUAGCAUUUUCUCUGUCUCUCCGAUUGUGUAUGAUCAUGAGGGCCAGGUUUCUCCCUCUUUUCCUCCGUUCUUCAAGAUGUCUUCUCACUUAAACCACUAGCUCGGCCUCCACCUCAGUCAGUGGGUCAGGGUCUCCCUGGAGUGAAUAGCAUUUUUGCUUCUGCACCGACACCAAAGGCUGUUCCAGAUGGGAUUCGUGGCUCGGGUGUGAGGCGUUGAACCUCGCUAGAUUUUGUGGUUGGGCUUAGAAGAUCAGCGUUUGUGUGUGUUUGAGAUGGGGCUGUUGUCAUCCAAGCUGUAUGACAACAGCAAGAUGGCGCGGGGCCAAACUCUCAUGGGCUUCGGAACUAUCCACGAUUGAGGAACUGACUGCAGGCAGGGCAAGUGGCUGCAUUUCAUGGCAAGAGACAUGUAAUUCCCAUUAUGCUGUUUGACCUGGGACCAUGAUGGUAAUGGUGAGGCGUUAGGGUUUCUGAAUACAGCCAGGUACACUGUGAACUGACUGAUUAGUGCUACUGGUUAUAGGGCUUGUUUUCAUGUCAGCUCUGAUCAUUUGGCUGCUGCUAUUUGUCUGGAGUCUUACUUCGUUUUUUUUUCAGAAAAUUUGGCUCGGAGACUAAGUCUGUAUCCCUGUAUUGUCAGAGUGUGCAGUGAUGCUCCUUGAACGUGUUUUGGUUGUAUCAUUUGGUCUGCUCAUAUCUUUUGAACUUCUGUUCAAUACCACUGCAUUUGAUGCUCUCAAAGUUCUAGCAAAAUAACAUUGAAGGAGCUGGGGGAGAGGAGAGAACUCCUGCUGGGGUGGGCUUGACUUUUCAGUCUGUGAACUGUCUGCAAAGCUGCAGCCUCUAGGACUCCUCAUGCCUGCCCAGAAAUCUCUGCCAGUUCAAUGUAACCGAACAUAAUUUUGUGUGAUGGCAUUCCAUUAAAAUGGGAUGUGUGGAAUUUACAGUGUUGUUUCACAUUGAGCUUGGUUUAUGCAAUGGUCUAGUUAGUCAUGAAGUAAAUUUACAUUGCAGGGAUUGUUGUGAUGGCAAUUGCCAGUGUUCUAAAUGUAAAUUAAAUAGAUUGCUACAAGCAGCAGGUAGUCUAUCAUUAAUUCUACACCCACAACAAAAAUUUGUAGAGCUGAGGAUUUUGUAGACCUCUGCUAUACCAAAAGCCGGGCAGCAUGAAUGGUAAUUCAGGGAGCUGCAGUUCAGUGUGUUUAUUUUUAAAUCAGCUAAGUUGCAAAUUUUGGUGAGAUGAUGAAAGGUAAGACAGUAAGUGUUUUUAUACCCUCAUUCGUCCUUUCCCUGAUGCUGGUGAGGAGAGAGAUUGCAGGCAUGAGUAUAAUAUGAUAACUCGAUUUGACAAAAGGGUGGAGCAGUUGAUUUCACAGAGAGAAAUGGGUCAUGCACUGACUGGAGACAAACAUGCUGUCUGUAAAUGAUUUAAGAGUUACUCAUUUGAUCUCCUGUGGUGAGGUGUUUCGGGUUUCUGAACUAAUAUAGUCUUGCAGUGAAGCUUCAAGAGGCCAAGGGAGUGAGCUUCGUUUGACCCAUAAUGUGCCAUCGUAAGUCAGUUUCCAUGUUAAGUUCCUCCGUUACACUCUGGCUGUCGUGUACAUGUCCAUUAUAAUUCACCCCGUGUAAACUUUCUGUGCAAAUUUGUCAUGUUUCAGUUACACCCUCCUGCCAUAAUACCUCCUUUGUAGGAGUUGGAAAUUGCAACAAUACAAGCCAACAUUCAAAUGUGUUCCGACUGAAGGCUGGAACCAGACUCCAUCCAAAUUGAUUACUAGCUGUCUUGAACAUAUGUCACCAUAAACGCCAAACUAUAGUCCGCUUCCAAUGGCUCAUAUAGUUGAACAAACAAGGGUUGAAUAAGAAGGAAGACAUCUCAAUGAAUCAAAAACGUACUGCUUUCAUUUGAUUUUCCUUUGGAAGUUGAGUUUCAAACAAAGAUUGACAGGUUACCCUUACAAUGCAUUCUUUUGGUUGAGUGACAGGGGAGGGUGUCUGGCCGUAUCUGUUGUUCCUUUGGUAGCUUUAAUUCAGAACACCCCCGUGCCCAUUCCCCAUUCGGCACCUCCACCCCCCACCAAAAAAAUAAAAUCUCUCUCCUGGGGAACAGUGGAUGUGGAACCUGCCCCGAAGUGUUCAAAAGCAGCAGGCCAUUUGUACUGAACAAAGGCGAUUCUGCGAGGAUGAUGUCUGCAUAGGUUUCUGCCCGACAUAAUUCACAGUGUGAUGUAAGAAACUGCCAUCCCCUCUGUCUAAUUUGGUAUCAAAAUCAGGGCCCAUUCUCAUUUAACUUUGAGCCUUUUUGAGAGACUGCACAGCUUUGACUCAGAGGAUCUGUCUUGACAAAAAUCCUUCACCCUCCCCAACCCCUUUUAUUCCUGUAAAUAGCUUUAAAUGUUCACCCUAUACUAUAGGGUCAAAGUGACAUGUGAACUAAGUUUUCUUCUUUUUGGCAGAAGAAAAGGCAUUAAGACAAUCGAGAUGAGGGUGAGUGUUUGGGUACUCUGUGCACUCGCAUGGAGGUUCCGUGUGCGUACAAGAACUCCAGGUUGGAUUCAAGUGAGCAUUCAUUGUCAGUGGAACUUCUAGUGUUGGGGGAUUUGGCCAGGGAGGCGGCUGUUUCCCUGCAGUUGCUAUUGUAAAGGAGAAGCAGUUGGGAAUAACUAUUUUUAAAAGGUUAUAGAUUUAAUUCCUCGUCCUGCAUAGCAGGAUGAAGGAGACUAUUAAGUUGUGCACUGCUCAAUCGCACUCCCAGUCAUUUUAAAGAAAAAUAUUGCACAUCUGAGUGAACUCAUGUCCUUGCCAAGUAUGUUCAAAACCUCAGGGUCACUGGUGUUUGCUGAGUUGUGCUCUUUUUUCCCUCAUUUGUCUCAAGGCAGUCACAUUGUGUGGGGUUACUUUCUAUGGUCCCAUUCAUUCUGCUUUUUGCUCCCACUGCCAUCACGUGCCAGUGGUUUUGAACUGGAUGUGCUUUAUGCCAGUCAUAUCCUGCGUAUGUUGCCAACAGCUCCCAGAUUGGAGUGGCCUUCCUGGUCAGCCUUUCUCUCCCUUUGAAGUAGGGAUAACUUCUGUGUGGUUAGUACCCCCAGCCAAGACCUAACCCUAAUUCUUCCCUCUUUACCUGCCCUUGCUUUGCUGCUCUUCGCCCGAGAGCAAGGAGGAAGCUUGAGGUGGAACGAUUACAUUGCAAGGUUGCUUUUAUUGCUCUUGUUGAUCAUGUAGAGAGAAGUAUCUCUCACUGAGGAAUUCUGCUUACAUUUGCUCCUUUGAAUUUUGAUGCUAUCUUCGAAGAUUCAUCAACAUAUUGGGUACAUACAGGAGUGUUGACGUGCUCCAUGGGAAACGUGCUAGUACCAUUAAUCCUUCAUCCCUUGAGAGUGUGCAACCUGCAUUGCCCUCGAUCCAAACCCCCUAACCAUUCCAACCAUGUGGUCCCUGGGUCAGCUUCUUCUCCGAAGCACAUGAGAGAAUCAGUAUCUACCUCCACCUUUUGCACGUGACCUGCCGCAUGGGUAGAAGGCUCUGCAGGACAUGCAUUGGACUUAUCAGCCUUCUCAGAACCUAUCAAACCAGAGUGAACACCAAUCAACCUCAAUCCCAGGGACUACAUAAUAAGAAGUAGGCAAAUGUCUGAGCAUCCUAGGGUAACAGGGAAGGGUUAAAGUUCAUCUGGGUGUCAGAUUCCCUUUCUCUCUUGCUCUGAGUGCAAAAAGCUCAAAGAUUGAGCAAGGCACUUUAAGUUAGAAAAUAACUAAUUAAAUUUGACAUCAAACCAAGCACUCAAUUCUGGUAAAACCUAAUAGCUUUCCUUGCAACCAGCUUCUAGUGAGUAAAGACAUGAAGACCAGAUUGUUGUGGGAUGGUGGUGAGGAAUACCUUCCAGCACUACCCUGAGCUGCUAUUCCGUGUGGUUCUCUGAAUUGAAUGGCUGCUUUGUGUGGCAUCCUUUAAAGUCUACUUCUUUGGCCGUAAGGCCAUACCUGGGCCCUUUUAAACACUAGAGAAUGUGUUAUCGCUUUGUAAGCUGUGCAUGUUUAUCUCGGACUGUCAUUCUUGUUUCUUAUCAAUUAUUCGGGUUGUGUUCCCUCUCAGACUCCAGGCAGACUUCCAAUGUCAUUAAACACUUAUUUGUCCUAAAAGGGAUGGAUAUUUAACAGAGACCAUCAUGUAUGUACCUUGAUUACGGUCAAGCUGACUGAUCUCAAUUUAGCCAGUGCGUUCUUUGGCCAAGUCAUCAUUACUUCAGAUAUGUGUUAAAUGCAAAUCAAUUUGGACAAAUCCAAAAUCCUUCAGCGGUUACUGUUGUUUGUUGAUUGUCCAGAGGCUGUUAGGCUAACAUGGGGUCUAUCAGGUUUGAUUAAUGUCGAUCAUUUCCUGCUGAUUGUUCAGCUUGUGCUCUCCAAGAGUAGGUGAGGGGGACCAGGAGCUAAAGGCGUUGGUUCCCCAGCAAGGUGUAGCAUCUUCAGGCAGGGAGAGAGAGAGAACCUCCCCAGGCUGUACAUGGGGAGUUGGGGGAUGGUAUUUUCCUCCUCAUCCCCUGAACAAACAUAAAGCGUCACUGGGAGAGAUUGACAGUGCUUAGCUUGUGUUUGGAUUGAUUGAAGUAAUUAAAUCAGGUACAAAGGGCUAAAUGUGAUGGAAUGGCAAAUAUCUAUCCUUCACUUGACCGCUUUCCCAGUGAGGGUUUGACAUGGAAUCCUGACGCACAUGUUAGCCUGUAACGAGUACAGAGAGUGCAGCAACACCGUGACCUCCCUAGUGUGCAAUUAAUGUGCAAUCAAACAUUGUGGAGUCUUUGUUUCUCUUUUGUUCUAAUUAAUGUUCGCAAAAGAUAAAGAACUGACAAUCUUGUUUCCUUUCCAAACUGAGUUGAAUGCUUUGAUUUGAAAGCCAGCGCAGUGCAGGGGGUUGGACUGCGGCCUGUGGAGGGGUUGAUUGCAUGCUGCAGAACCUUUUUGAGCUCCAAUGUCACUGGCAAAACAGCUUCUUGUUUCUCAGAUUCUUGGUGUCUUUGCAGUAAAAAGGUAAAUAAAUCUCAAACUGAACCGAGCAUUGCUGGUAUUUGUACAGUAUGUUGUACCUGGGAAAGACUGGUGCAGGGAGCUCUGGGCUUUGCUUUGUGCUCCGUGGGUGGUGAGGGGUUUUGGGGGUGAUGGAUCUCGAUUGUUGACAGUGGCAGUCAACAAAGCUAUCGGCUUUCCGGUUCAUUUGGAAUGUUUUAUGUGAACCAAUUCUCAAAACGUGGAAGGUUGAUGCCUGUGGAUCUAGAAAAUUAUGUUGUCCAGCCAGCAUAUUGAAAUGAUUCCAAAGCCUUGCUUCAAGUAGCCUGUCCCAAAAUUAGUGUUGCAUCAGCUGUUAAAUAUUGCUGCUAUAAAAUCCUUUUGCAGGUUUGACCAGGCACUAGUUCUAAUCACGGAUUUGACAUUUUACACUUGUUUCUUUUCCUCCUUGUUUCUGAUCUACCACUCUGCCAACUUGUCCGGAAAUUAAACAGAUUGGUUUUGAAAGGGUUAAAAUAACAGAGGCCAGUGCUUAAUCUGCUGUUCUUAGUCAGUUAUUGUCACUCAUGUCACAGCUCCAAAGCGUGAAAAGGUGAGUGACAAUUGGCAUUUCAACAUUUUAUUCUAGUAACUGGACUGACUAAAAGUGGAGUGAUCCAAAAUGCCACAGAGUUCAAGUGAGCUACAAACUUUCAGACAAUGUGUUUUCACUAGGGACUUUGGCAUAGUGGAAGAAAGUUUGAGAUCAUUGCAUCUUGCUGGUGAAGAAUUAGCCCUUUCCCAGUGAUUGUAAUCCUCAACAAUCGAAAUUGGCUGCUUAUGUUUAGCCUGGUGCUGUGCUUAACUCAUCAGACAGAUUGACCAAGACGAUGAAGUGAAAAUUACUCUCCAUUGCUCUCAAUCCUUCCUUCCCUGCUGUCCCAUAUUGGCCACCCAGGAAACACAAAGUGGCAUUUACUGCUUUGACAGCCUCAUACUGUUUGUGACGAAUCAUACCAGUAAAAUGGAGUCGCAAUGCUCAAUAGGGAUGUCAUUGCCUCCAAACGAGAGCAACAAGCGACCCAGCCAGCUCGAGUACCAGUCUGCUUCCGGUUUUAACCCUUUUCAAAUGUGGGUCAAAUACCUUUUUUCUAAAAUAAAAUGUAUUAAUUGUCUUACGAGGGAUUUUUAACUCUCUUUUUCUUUUGCUAUCAGAGAAUGAACACAUUCCUUUGCAGUUUUGUUUUUCGAGAUUAGUUGCAUCCAUUCCCGGGUGACUGCAUGGUAUUUGGGGGGAGGGAGGGGCGCUUUGCACCAGGAGAUGCCUGUUUCCUUGCCCCUACUGCCAUUGGUACCAUGCUGUAAAUCUCUGGCUGGCACUUGUUCUGUCGGGAAAAUAAUACCUGUUUUUUUUUAUUCUGUGGCCAUGUCACACCCCCCACUUUCUGUGGCCCUUCCCAAUGAAUGGACUAAUGACUGCUGGAGCCUUGUCUUCAAGCCCAAGAGAGUUAAGAAUCCCUGUGUAAGUCAUUCUGUGUCUUCAAUAAAUGAAUGUAUCUUGUUUGACAUAAUUUAUGGUUGGAUAAUUUUCUUUUUUGUUUGAAAAAUAAAUUCUGCCCUCUGA